ACAACGGAUAACUGACCCCCUUCCUGAACCCAGAAAAAAUGUCUUCUUCUCCAGAAUCUGAGGAUUAUUUCGACACUGUUAUUGGACACAUUGAGGACUUUGUAAUAAGUGAUGAAUUCAAGAAACUCGUUCAGAACUUCAUGCAGUCGCACUACAGAGAAUUCGAUCGGUGUGAGGAGAACAAAAUCGAGUACAUGGAGAUCUUCAAUCAGUACACCGUAGCCAUUGAGGGGUAUAUUGUGGAGAAUCUUGUCAGGAGGAUGCCUAACUUUGACAUGGAGAGAUUCACUGAGGAACUCUGUCGGAGAAGAACACAGCUCGAUGGAGAAAUCUUUGAGCUUCUCUUCUCCCUGACAGACUUCCUGGCCUUCAAAGAACUCAUCCUUGACUACAAACUCUACAAGGAGAAUCAUCUGAGUGAUCUGGACAGUGGGAUUCAAAUUAGUCGCAUUUCAAGUUCACUUCUUUAA